UCUUUGUGAUCUACUUCUAUUUACGUCAAGCUCCAAACCCGACCGACUUCGCCUCUUGUUGGACUGGUUAGGUUAGCGAUCGUUGUUUCACUGGCUGACGGUCACAACAGUAUCAGCGUAGACUUGUCUAUCGUUACUAUCAACUAAACAGUUUGACUGACCAGAUCCAUCUGGUUAGCUUUAGGGUUGUGUUCAGGAAGGUGCAACGAAAUAUAAUUUGAUAUGUAAAUUAGCCGAACGUUGUUAGAUUAGACUUAGUCGCCUCCACCUGUUAUUUGCUACAUCGAGGGGCUAAGUUAGCUAACGUUUACGUUACGGUUGUUAGCUCACAUUAGCUAAUUGUGUUAAUUUUUGUCCCUGCUGGCUAUCAUAGCAAGGUUGUCAACAUGCUGCAGUGAGUGAUGCACAGAGUUUUGAUAUUAACAAUGGCCAUCUGGGGGGUGCAAGGAUGCUCCGAUUCAGAGAACUGUGCGACACUAACCCCCAAUUCCACCACCAAGGAGUACUGUUACUCGGCCCGAAUUCGCAGCACAGUGCUCCAGGGUUUGCCUUUCGGCGGGGUGCCUACUGUCCUUGCCCUUGACUUUAUGUGCUUCUUGGGGCUCCUGUGUGUGUUCUCUGUCUUGAGAAAAUUAGCCUGGGACUAUGGACGUCUGGCUCUGGUGACUGACGCUGACAGAAUGGAUCAACGGUACAGUCGGCUGGAUGAUCGGGAAUAUGUGGCCUCUGGCCUGAGAUCAGAGACACCAGAACGCUAUGAACGUCUUACCUCAGUUUCGAGCUCUGUGGACUUUGAUCAGAGAGACACAGGCUUCUGUUCCUGGCUAACUGCCGUCUUCCGCAUCAAGGUUGAUGAGAUAAGGGACAAGUGUGGUGAGGAUGCAGUGCAUUACUUGUCCUUUCAGCGGCACAUCAUUGGCCUGCUGGUAGUGGUGGGCGUGCUCUCUGUUGGCAUCAUCUUGCCUGUUAACUUCUCUGGAAACCUACUUGAAAAUAAUGCCUAUAGUUUUGGGCGAACCACUAUAGCAAAUUUGAAUGCAGAUAAUGCACUACUGUGGCUGCACACCACUUUUGCAUUUCUCUACCUGUUACUGACGGUUUACAGUAUGAGACGGCACACCUCCAAGAUGCGCUACAAGGAGGAUGACUUGGUCAAACGCACUUUAUUUGUCAAUGGAAUCUCCAAAUACGCAGAGGAGUCUGAGAUUAAGCAACACUUUGAACAUGCGUAUGAUAACUGUGUUGUACUGGAAGCUCGUAUUUGUUACGAUGUGGCCAAGCUGAUGUAUCUCAACUCUGAGAGGAAGAAGGCCGAGCGCAACAAGAAAUUCUUCCUUGACCUGCAUUCCAAAGAGCAUAUUACCACUACGAUCAAUCCGAAACCUUGUGGACACCUUUGCUGUUGCAUCAUCAAAGGCUGUGAGCAGGAAGAGGCAGUGAGCUAUUACACCAAGCUUGAAGCACAAUUAAAAGAUGACUACAGGAAGGAGAGAGACAAGGUUAACAGGAAGCCCUUGGGAAUGGCCUUUGUUACUUUCCAGAACGAGUCAAUAACUGCCAUAAUCUUGAAAGACUUCAAUGCUUGCAAGUGUCAGGGCUGUCAGUGUCGUCGGGAGCCCAGGAGCUCUCAGUUCAGCGGGAAGCUUCACACACACAACUGGACUGUCAGCUAUGCCCCUGAUCCACAAAACGUCUACUGGGAGCAUCUGUCAGUUGGAGGAUUCUCCUGGUGGUUCCGCUGCCUUAUCAUCAACAUUAUCCUCUUCCUCCUCCUCUUCUUCCUCACCACCCCAGCCAUCAUCAUAUCCACAAUGGACAAGUUCAAUGUUACCAAACCAGUGGAGUAUCUGAAUAAUCCAAUCGUCACCCAGUUCUUCCCCACCCUCCUCCUGUGGUCCUUCUCUGCCUUACUUCCUACCAUCGUCUACUACUCUGCCUUCUUCGAAGCCCACUGGACCCGGUCAGGAGAGAACAGGACCACAAUGCAUAAAUGCUACACUUUCCUGAUCUUUAUGGUUUUGUUGCUGCCCUCCCUAGGACUCAGCAGUUUGGAUGUUUUUUUUCGCUGGCUGUUUGACAAAAGAUUCUUGGCAGACGCGAAGGUCAGAUUUGAGUGUGUAUUCCUUCCUGACAAUGGAGCCUUCUUCGUGAACUAUGUCAUUGCGUCUGCAUUCAUUGGUAAUGCCAUGGACCUGCUGAGGAUCCCUGGUUUACUUAUGUACAUGAUCCGCCUCUGCCUGGCUCGCUCGGCAGCAGAGAGAAGGAACGUCAAGAGGCACCAAGCCUAUGAGUUCCAGUUCGGGGCAGCUUAUGCUUGGAUGAUGUGUGUCUUUACCGUGGUUAUGACCUACAGCAUCACUUGCCCAAUCAUUGUCCCUUUUGGGCUGAUGUACAUGUUGCUGAAACACUUAGCAGACAGGUACAACAUGUACUAUGCCUAUCUGCCCACCAAACUGGACAAGAAGAUCCAUUCUGGAGCUGUAAACCAAGUGGUGGCUGCUCCUAUUCUCUGUCUCUUUUGGCUUCUGUUCUUCUCUACUGUUCGCUCUGGAUUUUCAGCUGCGACGUCCAUGUUCACAUUCAUAGUCCUGAUCAUCACAAUCAUUGUCUGCCUGUCUCACGUCUGCUUCGGACAUUUCAAAUAUCUCAGUGCUCACAACUACAAGAUUGACACCCAGGACGUGGAUGGUUUGGAGAAUGGGCGUCCAGUGUGCCCCUCUGCCUCCAAUAAGCAAAUGUACAUUGCUCAGGUACUUCAAGACCCAAAUUCAGAGGAGGCUGGUUCAGGCAGUGGCGAGGAUGAUGGCCAGGGGUCCUCGCAGGACGAGGAAAUAAUCAAUGUUGAAAAUGGCCUGAAUGAGGACUUCCAGUCUGGUGAGGACAGCCUCAUUGAUAAUGAAGUGCGGCACUGAUACUACCUGGAACUGGAAAAUAAUUCCCUCAGUUUUACUUGAGGAGUACACUGAAUAUGUGAAUUAAACCCGGAACUGAACCAACAGUUCUCCAAAGCAUCUUAACCUCCGUGGAGGGACUUUACACUAACAUAAGCACACUGUCUACUAAGGAUUAAAUGGAUUGUGGAUCAGGGACCCUUAACUGGGUCUAACCAAACAACAUCUUCUGUCUGUGUACCUGCAGAGGGAAUUUACUCUGACAAUGCAAGGGCAGCAACAUCGUCCUGCCCUGAUGUAGCUGAGGCACAACCCAAAACACUGAACAUAGACCCAUGAAAGACACUAAUGCACAAAUGAAGAAUAUUUUGCCUUGUCUUGUUAGGGGAAUGAUAUUCUUUAUGGGUUUCCUUAACAUUAUUGCACUUGAAAGAGAGGACCUGUCUAUAAGCUUGAGCUUCACUAAGGUACUGUAUACAGCAUGCCUUCAAGUUCAAAAGGUGUAGGGAUUUCCCUGUAAUCCUUAAUCAGUAUCUCUAAUCGCCAGCACUACUGUAGAUGCUUCCCUUGAAUAAGUAGUUGGUUCAAGAGAGCAAUGGAAGAGUUUUCCACACUACUAGUAAGCUUGGUCUGUGCAAUGCGAUGAUCUCUAAAUGGUUCUUCCAAUUAAUUUCAUAAAACACUUUCUGGGAAAAAAAAAAAAGAAAAAUUAAAAUCAUGCUACUAACACUCCUGUAUGCUUUGACUGUGUACAGCUACAAAACAAUGGAAUUUUCCUUUUAUGACAUGGUAUUUAUUGUCAAGGCAUUGAAUUUUAAAUGCUAUCAAGCUAAAUGCACCCCUAAACUGAAACUGUGGAAGAAGAUAAUUCAUAUUUUGGCACACUACAGUGAUAAUGAUCUUCUAGGCAUUCAGUCUCUGAGCCUUUGUUGGGACUUGCUGUCGGAGUGCUGCUACUGAUGCUGCCCCCAGUGUAGGGAAAUCCUUGCACGGCUGCUGCAGGAGGACUGGAGGCCAGGAGCCUGCUGAUCCUUUUGUGUCUUUCAGAGGAAGGACAGAAAAGCCUUUUGGAGUUUUUCUGGGUCGGUUUCAGAUUAUACUCAUUGUGACUGGUUCUCAUUAUCUGUUUGUUUUCAUUUGUAUCUUUUUGUCCAUGUGUUUACAUCUUUAUUUUGACAUUUAGAAAUUAGCUUUCAGUCUAUUUGGCUACUAGUUUUAUGAAUGAGCUAAUCUUUAUCUUACUACUCAGCCCUUUGUCAGGUCCUUUUCAAUGUUAACUUUAUGUAUACUGUUUCAGCGGUCAGUGUGCAUCGCUACAGUUUCCAAUUUUCCAGGACUCAAUGCUGAGUUAUAAACUCUGGUUGUUAAACUCUGUUUGUGUACUUUUGGAGAUAACAUAUCAGAUGUUAGCCUAGACCGCUCAAGGGAUGUACACCAGUUGAUGAAGUCCUGAUCUAUUUAAAAUCACUCUUUUUCAAACUUAAACUUGAUACAAUUAAAUACCACUAUGCCCCUCUCCCCACUGAAAACAAAAUGGAAGAUAUAUUCAUGCUCAUGUGAGUUGUUAAGAAGUAGUAAAUAUUGCCCAGCAAAUUGUAUGUUCCAUUUACAGAUCUGUUUACUAGUUUUGUAAGGCCUCUGCCAGAGCAAUGGUGAUUUACCCCAACUCUACACACAUAUUCCUGAGCUGCCUCAGCCAUAUUAAGCAGCUUCUUUCCAGGUAUCAGAAAGGCAGAAAUACAUACACCACGUAACCAGUAAUAAUGUGAAACACAAAGUUAGGACCUUACUCAGGACUUAUCAUGUUUCUUGUUUCUUGUCAUUUAAUUUCUUCCUUAGUCUAAACAACACUAUGAGCUGUCCCAUUAAACACAAUGAACAUUGUUGGUUAAGCAAGGAAAUAUGCUGCAGGCACAGUACCACUACAGUCUGCCACCAUGGACCACAUAUUAUUAUGGGAACAUAAUACAUGAAGCUUGUUAUCCUGCUGCUCAGAGAACCAUUGUGGGAAAUGUGCACUAAUCUCACUUUCACCUAUAUGAUUGACAGAGAAGGGCACCCUCCCUCCCCGUGUGUGUGAUGACAGUGGUAACCCUGAACUGUUUCCAUUAUUUGUUCUUGGGUAUAUUAGUACCACAUAUGGGUAGACCUUUAUUUUUAUGGUACAAGUUAAUUGUUUGAUACCAUUAAGUGUGGUGCUCUUCUAGUCAUGAGAGGGCAAUUUUAUAUUUUAUACCUCUUCAUUUUUUUAUACCUCUGAGAUGUCUUGAAGUCUCUGAAUGUGUCCCGUCAAAAUAACAGCUCUGAGCAAGAUACUUCAAAAUCUCAUCUUGUCUAACAACUCCAUUGCUUCAACGCUGAAUGUAGGUUAAUUCCAAAAGAUGAAAGUGGCUUAUAUAAUAGUUUUGCUGUAUUUAAACGGCUUCAAAUGAAUUGUACACAAGCUAACCAGAAACUCUAGAUUUUAUACUAUAACAAAACUUCCUGGUGUCCUGUCCCGUGCCGUGGUAUUUCAUUUGAGUGCAGAGCUCCAUUUGUCAGUCUGAUGGUUGCAGUGAUUUUCAGAAGUCUUUUGUUACGUCCAAAUCUUCGAUCCUCAGUAUGAAUCAUGUUAUUUUAGAGUAUGUUCAAAAGAUCUGUAUAGACAGCGGGAUUCACUGGAAAUUGGUUGUUUUUUCUUUUGUAAACAGUCAAACCCUCUCAAAGAGAAGUUCUCAGUUUGUUUCUAUGAUGUACUCAGAAUGGGUAGUAGAAGGUCUCUGUAUCUCAGAACUGUGUUCAGUCAGAAUGUGGUUUUGUGUGCUUUGCCUUUUAAUUUUAGUUUUACAUUUUUCUAGAUAGAAAGAGUAACAACAUCUCAGCACUGGACCCGUGUCUCAUUUUCUUCUUUCCAAAGGGCCAUCUGUACAGCAGGUACAUAUAUACUGUAUAUAUCUGUCCCCCCCCAGCUCUUUGAACAAUAAACCUGUAUUUAGUCAAGUUUGUCAACUAUAAGAGUUUCUUUGUAAUUAUCCCCUUGUAGAGUUGCAUGAAAAUAUGUACCUUUCUGAAAGAAGAAAUAACACUUGUUUACUCAGACAAAAGGUUAAGUUAAUAAACAAUAAAACACACAUUUAA